CUACGUCACUUCCUGUUUAUCACCGCGCAAGUCUGGCGUGAUAGGUUGACGUUAACGGGCAGCAGAAGACGUCAUAUUUUGGAGCAAGAGGAGACGAUGCCGAAGAGCUGUGUGUCCCCGGAAUGCAGGAGGUCGGAGGGAGCGCGAGAAGGUUAUUACAAGUUUCCGUUGCACGACAAAGCGCGCCUCAAGCAAUGGCUAGCCAACAUGAAUAUGGCGAAUUUCUUUCCAUCCAAGAAUCAGUAUCUUUGCAGCAAACACUUCAAGCCGUCUUGUUUCCAAGUCAGAUGGGGAGUUCGCUACCUGAAACAUGAUGCAGUUCCAACAAUCUUCUCAUCUGGUGGAACUUCAAACAAGACACAUGCGGCAAAGACCAGGACACAGACCUCUGCGCAGAGUUUAAGCAGCGAGCUCGGCAUGUCUUCCAUUUCUCCUUUGGCCGUUAAUGAGGCUCAGCCACUGGCAGAAACCUUGACAUUCACCCUCGAUCCCAGCUUUGCUGCUGGUCAGAUGUCAAUGAAUGGAACCCAGGUGUUGGUCACAGAUCCUGAUGCACUGGCUAUUCCCACUACAAUGAUGGGUGCUGUGAAUUUGGUACCACUAGUUCAUUUUGUUAAGUCAUUCGAUGGGAUGUCAUUGGCAUUUGCUCCUCCUCAAGGGUUUACUUCUUUAGCUCUACCUAUUGCGGUGACUGAGCAGCAACAAACCCAUGAAAUGCCAUUGAUUGAACCCAUUACAAUCUCGGAGGAGCACAUUGCCUCUGCCACAUUACAACAAGAGUUUUAUAACAAUCAAGUCCUACAGUCAGUAGGAGUAGAAGAUCCCACCGUUAUUGAAGUGUCUAAUAAUGGGGCUCUAGUCAUUAAAAACGUCUCUAUAGAGCCAUUUUUUGAAGCCGGAUUGCCGACACCAGAACCAGUCACAAUGUCAUCGGAGGAUGUAGUUUCCUAUCUGGAAACUAUGCAGACAGCCACAGUUGGCCCUACGCUUGCCACAGGCCCUUUACCACCACUGCCACCGUCCUCAGAAACCGUUUUAUCUACAGCUAUCCCCAGGCCCAUACCUUCCACAGUACCCAUUGUAUCGGCGCACCGUAAAGAAGUAAUCGCCUCUGAUGUUACCAAGCAGAUCUGCUUAAACACAACUCAGGAGCCAGAUGGACCCUCUGAAACGUUGACAACUGGUGAGAUGGUGUCGGUGGUGGUGAACCUACAGAAGAAAGUCGGCACUCUUCAACAGCGACAUAAGAAGCACUGCUCCAAGCUAGAGGUCAUGGAAGGUGUGGUGGAACAGCUGAAGAAUGAAAACCUCAUUUCUGAAGAGCACCUGAAUUCCCUGGAACUGGCAGGUCUAAACUCCACCUCUGCUGCACCAGAAGAUGGCGACACAAUUGCAAUCGUUUGCGAAGAAGACAGCCAACCGUUGAUGUAUACAUUUCCCAUCCAGACGGAUAACCGGACAGUCUUUCAGAUUACUGAACAGUGAUCAGAAAUGUCACCUGAAUAUUCCCUUCUUUUUUUUUUUUUUGGCUUGACAUAUCAGCUUCAGGAUAGCCCUGCUGUUCAUAUCAAGCAGAGCACUACAGUUGUUGUUAAGCAGGUUUUUGCAUAUCCAUGCAAAUGAUUUGGUUUUUGUUUUAGGCCCCCUUCACAUGUACGGAUCCCGUGAGGAUCCGUACAUGUGUAUCUGCUUGCUCCGUUGAACACCGCUGAGCCGGCGGAUGACAGGGCGGCCCCCGCAUACUGUGCAGGGACCACCCUGUCAGAUCUCCGCU